AUAAGGUGCAUACCAGCUUGCACUACAUUUCUUUCCCCUGGGAUUUACAAGCUAAAUUAUUAGGUUAUACUGUCCUCCAAUGGACAGUGCGGAUCGAUACCAAGGCUGAUCAAGGCUUUGUGUGCACAUAUGCAUACACAUAAUUCACGCACAUGGUGCUACCCUCAAGAGCUAUGACAUAACCUCAUUUCUUUUAAAUGCACCGAGUCUAGGACGAGUACGAGCAGGAUGCUCGGCGCUGCCUUGGCUGUCUGAUCAUCGGAGUCGGACAGUAUGCGCAGGGAAGGUCAGCUGGGCGGCGAGCGGCCAGACGGCGCGUCGCCCUCGAGCCGAGGGCCCAUGGUUCUGACGGGUCCAAUUGCUGGUGAUCGUCCGGUGGUGUUCCGUGUCUCCGGCAGGACAGAGUUGAAUGGUCCAGAUUUACUCAUCCAGGUUUGUUUAGAUCGUGGCUGGAUUUUGUUCGACGAGGAUUCUCACCAUGUGGACAACUGGAACAUCUGGUGGCGCAACUCCCAUUUCUCCGUCUCCCAGCACCGCCUGCUUCAGCCGUGGCAGUUCGUCAACCAUAUUCCAAGAGCCAACUCCAUCUGCCGAAAGGAUUGUCUGGCGAGACACUUACAGAGGAUGAACAAAGUUUAUGGAAACAUUUACAACUAUAGCCCACAGACAUACAACUUACCGUUGGAUUACACAAAACUGGUAGCCGAGUACACCCGAAUCUUGGAGGACGGUGAUAAGGCCACCUGGAUAUGCAAGCCAGUGGGCGCCAGCCAGGGAAAGGGGAUCACCAUUUUUUCGGAACUGUCGACGCUGCAGUACGAUUCCAACGCCGUGGUACAGCGCUACAUCCACAACCCCAUGCUGAUCGCCGGCUACAAGUUUGACCUCCGCAUCUACGCCUGCAUACCAUCCUACCACCCACUCACCAUUUACCUUUAUGAGGAGGGGCUUGCCAGGUUUGGAACCGAGAAAUACAACAUGAUGUACCUGGACAAUAAGUUUUCUCACCUGACGAACACCUCCUUGAAUAAGUUGGGCCCUGCGUACUUCGUGGAAAAGGAACGGAUCGGAGCAGGUUGCAAAUGGACGCUGUCUCAGCUCCGGCACUACUUCCACCAGGCCGGCGUGGAGGACUGGCUGCUGUGGCAGCGGGUCAACACCAUCGUGUCGCUCACCGUCCUCAGCCACAUCCAGGACGUGCCCGUCACGCGCAACUGCUACGAGCUGUACGGGUUCGACAUACUGAUCGACUCCGACCUGCGACCAUGGCUGAUGGAGGUCAAUCUGAGCCCUUCGCUGACGGCUGACAGUGACGUGGACAUAUACGUCAAGAAGCCGCUGCUGAACGACCUGUUCGACCUCAUCGGCUUGCCAACUUCGCUGAACGACCCAACCAUCUCUCCGCAGUGGCCAGUGCCUGAUGAGAAGCUUUUUACCAGGCCAAAAACGGUCCAGGACAUUCGUGACCAGAAUGCGGCAAGGAGACGAAGAAAAGAGCAGGCCGACACGGACGACAGAAGCCAGACAUCACGUCAGACCAACAGUUCCGCCCACCAGAAGCGGUCCAAGAACAAGAGCCCGGUAGAGGCACCGGACGACGCCAUCAGCUCCAGCGACACUGAGAGUUGGAUGGGAGCCGGGCGCCACCCUUCGGAUGACUGCCUGAAGAUUAUUUACAGUUCGGACCGGCAGAUGUCGUCGUGUUCAGUGACGCUGGACUGCUGGCGUCAGGCGGACGGCGAGGCGACGCACCGGUCCGACACGACAUGCGCCGGCUCCGAGCCGGGCCUGGUGGAGAACCCGUGCAGCAGCGGUGGCGACUCCCAACACAGUCUGGACGCCAACCGCUCGUGGACGGACGUCAGGUCGCGCCGCUGUGCGUCCAGGGAGAGCAGCGAUGUUUUGCUGCGCGCGACAGCCUCAAGGUUGCAGCCAGCGAAACACGACUCGAAGGGCGGGCGGUGUGGAUCGUCCAGGGCUGCGUCUGUUGAUAAUCUGAUCAGGCACACACCUUCUAACAAGUGGAGUGAACACGCGGACAAACUUGAGGGUGGAUGCGUCGCGGCACGAAAACGUAAAUCAAAAGAGAAGUUUGGGAAGGAGAAUGAGAAGAAUUGCAGCCAGCAGCGAGCUAGCAAGUCACCGUCUGAAGAUCUUUGUCAGUUGAGGGGAAAGCGAACAUCCAGUGGAACGACGCUGAACAGCGACCGCAAGUACAGUGCGGCUUCUUCCGCCACCGACAUUGCCAACUCGACCACCUCAGCCGAAAUUGAUCGCCGAGUUUUGCCGCCGAGUCAAAAUCUUCCUCUCGUCAAACCCGAUCCCAGAAUUCCCACCAAAGUGAAGACGUUUCUAGACAAGCUGCGAGCGGAGAAGGAGAGCUGUCAGGCGCGUGCGCUCGAGAGCAGCCGGCAGGGCUCCGAGCGCCAGCAGCGGCGGACGCGGCGCCACAAGCGCAAUCCGUUCUGGGGAGGCGACGAGUCCAGCGGCCAGUCGAUGGCCUCUGCCGUGACCGUGCUGGUCAACGAGCUCGGCAUCAUCACAACUCUGCGACCCGUCAGCAACAGCCUGCCGGCGUACCUCACCUGUCAGACCCACUACCUGGUGCCGAAGGGCCCUCAGCCGGCGCCUGCCUCUCCGUGGGUGAAGCUGUCUCAGUCGAAGCCGUCGAUGGACCAGCUCUGCAAGACUGGCUGUGAGGAGCGAGAGAUGCUCAUGCUAGCUUACAACUGGCACGCGUUUCACAACAAGUGGGGCAACGGCCGAGACUGGCGAUUUGCCCCGCCCAAGGUCGGGGGCUGGUACCGUACGUUCCCAUUCAAUGGCGACACGCGACACGCCUGCGAAGACCCGAUCGAUAGCAAGGCCAUCGUGAACGAAGUGUCCGCGUAUCUGCGGUUUGCGCGCAAGAUUGCGAUGCAAGUUUCCAGAUACGAGCCCGACGUCCUUACAAGGCAGUUCAAGGCGAAAUAUUGCCGCCACAGUGAGCUAUGGAUGCCCUGCAUGUAGGGACUUUUCUUCUGUCAUGGGGGGAAUAAACGACAAUAGUGCGACGAAGGUAUAGGUAAGAUAACGCUAUGCCUGUUUAAAGAUGUCGGCAGCGUAAGAACGCAAGGUCCGAAAACGAAUCGACGAACAUUUCAGAAAUGCAGCUCCUCAGAUUAUAUCCAGCCAGCCAAGCAACACGAAAAAUAAGGCACCUGAAACACCUCGUUUAAUCACCUACGCACGUUAUUACUAGAGAUACAUCAGGCAUGCAAGCAACCAAAAGCGUGCUCUAUUUGGGAAACGUGAUUAAUAAAUGCAUUUGCAACGA